AUGCGCGAGCUGGAAGCAGUCGGUCUGGUUAAUCGCAUAAAGUGCGCGAUGUGCGCCUCGGUCCCGCGCAUGCAUCGUCACAAAACAAGACCCUGGCGACUUGCGCAUGAUCAUAGACAGCGGGUCCAUCAACUGUGCACGGAGCCUUAUCCGAAUCUCGACGUCACCCGGACUGUCUUGGUAGGCGCGCGGGAGUUUUUUACCCUCGACUGGCUCAAGGGAUACUGGCAGCUGGCGCGCCAUGAAGACCCUCAGAUGUACUACUCCUUUAUGACCCCUUUCGGAGUUCAAAUACCUACAUGUGUGCUUAUGGGCAAGACCGAUGCGGUGCGUUCUGCCAAUCGGCUGUUUACGUCAUAUUUACCGACCUACUGUUCAAUGGCCUCCUCGCCCAAGUCCUCUCGAAUGUACCUCCUUCGGCGUGAAGCUCAACCCGAAGAAAUGCGACUUAUUCCUCAAGGCCGCGUUUUGUGGCGAAGUCGUCUCAACCGAAGGAGUCCAGCAUUCCAUGCUAUACCGAGCUUGUCGCGCCGCUCCGCCAAUUCCUCGACGCAACAAAUUGGAAGUGCGAAGAAGACGAAGCUCAUCAGCAUCCAACUGAGUCCCGUUGGCUGGGACGUUGGCCAUUUGGUCUGGUUCGAUAAGAUUAAGGAAGCUCUCUGGGCGAUGGUUACCAUGGCUCACCCACUGGCAGACGUGAUGGUAUGCCUUUACACCGACACAAGUGAAGGCUGUUGGCGCGCGAUAGCCUCUCACGUACCACUUGACGCCCUGGCACUGCCGUUAGAAGAGCACUGCGCCUUUACAGACAUAAGCAAACUUUGGCCCAUCAUGGAGAAGGAAGCGUUUGCCGUUGUGGAAAGCUGCAAGCCGCUGAACUACAUUCUUCCCCGCCCAGCUGACCUCCGCCUUUUCAUCGACCACAAUAGCUGCAGUACAUUUUCAAUCCUGCCGAUCCCCCAGCAUGGCAAGGCCGGCAUCGUUGGACAAGUCGCCAGAGAGACCUCCCUAACUGAAGGAAGUCUUCGACAAGAUCCGCAAGGCAGCCGGCGCCAGCCACAACUUCACGACGCGUACUGUCUUUGGGUCAUCGAAACCGUUCAAACAAUCAACGGACUGAUCCUCCGCGCCGUCAAGACGCUUACUUGCGAGUUAAGGCUGCGCGGGACUGACUGGCACCUCGUCCUGGCCCUGGUACAAGGCGCCUUGAACGACAUGCCAAGCGACCGACUUAGCGGCAUAGACCCCUCGGUGUGUUUGCAACCCCCAUCGGGAUGA